GCACACCCGCGCGCGCACAAGACGUUAUCUUCAAUCGCGCAUUGGGUUUUUGUUUUCAACCAUUUCGUCUUUGAUAUUAUUGCGCGACGUCCGAGUCCGACGGCGUACUAUUGCCCACCGACAACAAUAUCUCGUCGUAUCGCGGUGAUGCUCACUAACGUUAUUCGCACAUCUUCAACCGGACACCACACACACGGUCCAUCGCGUGCCCGUCAUUUAUAACGUAUCGCGGACGGUGUACCUAGUGACAGGUCCCGUAAAAUUGUUACUAAUAUUUCGGUACGUCGUCUUUCGCGUGUCCGCCGAGCGCCGAGACGAGUAGCUCCACGCACGGCCACCGUCGAUCGCGCGCGCAGCACCGUUUCGCAGAAAAUGUCGUAGCCGCCCGCGUCGCCGCCGCCGAUAUCGCCAUUGCCGCUGCACCUGUUGUAGCAGUGCGGCGACAGACAACUGACGUGUACUGCACACCGCUACAGUGUCGUUUGACAUGUCGCCCCGACGCUGAUUCGGUCGCACGAUUCUAAUGAUUGAAAAUCGUAGAUUAAUUGAAUGUAUCAUGCAUCCAGAAAAAACAAUGCCGUCAUCAACCUAUUUCACUGUACUUCAGAUGUUCGAAUCAAUAACUAAAGAUACAAAAAAGACUUUUAUAGCCAGGGCAUUAUGUUUGUUUAUGGCAUGGGAGAAGUGUCGUAAUAUAAUAACUAGUGAAUCCUUCUCCAUUGAAUUACCUAUGUUUAUGCAUCAUGCUACCAGGGAAUCUGCAAUAAUAAUCUUGGAUCCUGGUUGGGAAAAUAUUACAAAUAAAAUAAAAAAUGACCUAAAUAUAGUUUUGAGAAAAAUAGUAUGCUCCUUUAAAAUGAUGAAGGAUAAACAAAUAGAGGCAACAAAGUAUUGUCAUUUUUUGAUAUCUUUAAUGAAAAAUCCAUGGAGUCAUCAUAAUUUUUCAAAAUUACUUUAUGGAGAUCCAUCUCAAAUAGAAGUCUUGAAAUUUAUCCAGUAUGAAAAGAGUAAUAUUUUUGUUCUGCGCUUGAGAAUGCUUUGUGAAGGAAAGUGUGAAAAUCAAGCAUUAAAACUAUCAUCGUUAGCGAUGGAUUUGUACAACUCAAAUUUAAAAAACAAAAGUCAAUUUGAAGAUCAAGAUUAUGAAUUUAUCAGAGAUAUUUAUUAUGCAUGCCUUGAAAGGGCAAAUAAAAAAAAGGAACUUAUUGGCCAUUUAAUGAAAUAUUCUCCUGAAGAAGAUGGUAAAAUCCUAAUGGAAAAUUAUUGUAAAAAGAUUCAGUCACUUACAAACUUACGAAAAGAAAUAAGACCAAGGAUUUGUAAAAAUAUUGUUCUUGUUUGUGAAAUGGCUGCUUACAUCAUGGUUGUGAAUUCGUUACGAAAUUCUGAUAUUCUUGAUAAUAUUGCUAACUUUAUAAAGAAGUGGAGUCUUAUAGUGAUGACAUUGAUGGAAACUGAUUUAAAACCUGAUAUAGAUUACUUCUAUAUAAAAAAUAUGGUUCAUACAUUUAUCGAUGUUGCACCAUCAGCUAGUCAUUUAUAUCUUUUAUGCGAUGUUCUUUAUUGUGAAUUUGGUUCUAAAUUGCCUCGGACAUUAUACAUAGAAAUUUAUAUCAAAGCAUUAUCUGCUAAUAUAAAUGAAAAAGAAAAAUGCAAACAAUUGAGCGAUAAAGAUGGAUCAUUUGAAUCAUUAAAAAAGCUAGUCCAAGGAUAUUUGAAAUUGGCCAAUCUACUUGAAGAUAUUUUAAGUAUAUGCCGAGAAUGUGUAUUAACGGCAUAUUCUUUAAUGCCUUCCAGUGAUCUCAUGAUGAGAGUAGAAAGUUUAGCUAUUAAAAGUGGUAAACUGAUCCCAGAAAAUCUAACUAAUGUUGUUGAAAAUUCUUGUAACAAAUCUAAAAAAGGAUCUAAUUCAAAUAAACCUGGCCGUAAACGUAAGUCAAAACUCAGUAACUCUUAUCAAGACCCAAAAUCUAUUCUUGAUGCUUCUGAAAAAAAUUAUUCCAAGAUUCAUUCAGAUCUUAGUGAAUUGAAUGAUCCAUUAACACCAAUUAUGCAAGAAGACCUUAUUUCAAUUAUCAAGUACCCUCGUUAUGGGACAUUUAACUGGAACCUAGAAUGGCCUAGGAUGAAAAUUUUAUGUCAACAAUAUUUAGAAAACUUGGAUUUGGUAAUAAAACGAAAUACACUGCAACGAUCUGAUUUAACUUACCUUGAUAUUGAUAUUGAUGAAUAUAAUAAGUGGACAGAAAUAAAUAUGAAAAAAUUAACAAAUGAUAAAGGUUAUUUUAGCAGUGAUAAUAAUUAUAGUGAUGAUGAGUCUAUUGCAUCAAUUGCUUCAUCAGGGGAAAUAGUGAGCUAUAGGAGCAAACCAUCUAAAAGACGUUCAAGAAAACGAAAAGUUGGUUCACGUAAACGAAAGGCUGGUUCUCGAAAACGGCGCAAGGUUAGUCUUAAAAAUAAACCAAAAUCCAUUACUAUUCAAACAGAACCUAGAGUUGGUUUGCGGCGAAGCUUAAGAUACAAUAAAAGUACUAAUAUUGAUGAAACUGAUGACUCAACAGUUGGUUCCUUGUUAAAUGAUGAAGCUCAAUUCAAAAAUACAAAUUCUCAUAGUGAUAUUGAAGAUAAUUCUCAUGAUUCUGUUUUAGAAGAAACUGAUAAAACAAUCAUUAAAAAUGGAGAAAACCCUAAAAAAACCAAACCUCAGCUUAGAGUAAUACGAGAGAAAAGAACUAUCAACAAAAAUCAACACAAAGAUUUUGACUAUUCAUGGAGCUUAAGAAAAAAAGGAAAAUCUAAUAAAAACAAUUCAAUAAAAUUACCGCGCAAUAGUGACCAAACUAAAAACCCAUCUUCUAAUUUUGAACUUCCCCAUUCCAGUAAUGAACAUUUAAAUAUGUUGUCAGAACGAAUACCCCAACUAAGUUCAUUAGAUUUUAUUGUACCAGCAAAUACAGAUCGCAUAGUUAAUGUAGUACAAAUUCAAACAACAUCAAAUACUCUCACAAAUGUAUCACAAACUCAGACAGAACGAGUUUCAAAUCAUCAUUCCAAUAACGAAAUAGAAAAAAAAACUAGUGAAAACCAAACCAACACUCAUCCAUUGGAUGAUUUUGUUUCAGUUUAUCAAUCAAAUUCAUUAAAUACUAAUAUAAAUCCUGUUCAAAAUGUUGGAAUUCAUCAAGGGGAAUGUAGUUUUACUGGAAGUGUAUCUGUGAGCAAUCAAAGGGUUACUACUGAUUCAAUUACAAAUGUUCAAACUACUGUUCAGCAAGAUUCAAGUAAGCCAAUUGGGACACAGGAUGUGUUGUUGGAUCAAAAUCAAAUUAACAUGGAUCAUCAACAUUGGAAUGAUAUUCAACUACAAAAUUCUGGAGAGCGACUACAAUCUUCUAUCGAAAGUGCUGUACAUUUAUCCUCAAAUGUAAUAGUUAGAACAUCUGAUGUGAUAAAUCCAAGUCAUGUUAAUCAAACUACUGGACAAAUUACUUAUACAGCAAAAAAGCCAUCUACUUAUUGUGUUAAGACACGUGACCGAUUUACUGAUUUAUCAUUACCAGCAUCAAUUUCUUCUAUAUCAACUAAUAGUAAUCGUUCUGCAAAUUUACCAUUAGCAAUGAACACAAAUAAAUCAAAUUUUGAAUCAAAAAUUCAACAAAAUUCCCCAAUUCAAACAUCAGUAGGCUUGCAAGUUAAUUUCAACAAUCAACAGUCUGAAGGUAUACAAAGUAUUAUGUCCCCGAACGAUCAAGGAACACAAGUAGGUACCAAUAUCACAGACAAUAAUUCAACUUCAACCAAUAUAUCUUUAUUAAAUGAUCAAAUAAUGAAUUCUACUAAUAGUAGAAUAAACAAUUCCUCAAUUGUAAACACUUCAUUUAUAAAGGAAAAUUCAUUUGAUAAUUUAAAAUCAAACAUUCCUUUGAUAAAUCAAGUUUCAAGUAUACAAACUCAAACCUGUGCUGGUUUACGACUACCCAAUGAAGUUUCUCAUCCUAAUGCUUCAGUGAUAUCAUUAAUGAUUGCUUCAACACAAAGUCAGGUUAUUAAAUCCAAUGUGCAUAAUUCAGCGUAUACUUCUCCACAUAAUCAAAGAAUGCAGCUUAAUGAUUUAAGUCACACUUCUCAAACAAAUAGAUCUGAUGAACAAAAAAAGAUUGACAAUUUAAAAUUAAUAAGUCAAACAUUUACUGCUACAUCAGAAGCAAUCAAAUUUGUUACUAGUAGUACAGAAUCGCAACGUCUUAUUCAAAAUACGGAUAAAAACAGUACAUCAAAUCUUGCAGUUUUUCAAAGUUCUUCAGAAGGUGUGUCCCAUAUUACCCAAGAAAAUGAUCCAAGUUCUAAAUCAUCGAAUAGAGGACGAGGUAAUAUGAGAACUUAUGAAAGUAAAACUAGAGCUCUUAAACAAGCUAAUAUGUCUGAUAUGUUUGUAUUUGAGAAAGGAACAUUAUAUGCAGUUCAAGACGACAUUGUUAGUCAUAUAGAGCCUACUAAAUCAGUUAUCUCGCCAAGAAAUAAUACUUCUACUAACGUAAAAAUGCAAAAUCGACAAUCUAAAGAAUGCUUGGAAAAACCAAAACUUUCCCCAAAUGCUUCUCCAAAUAUAACAAUUACAGGCUCAAUGUUGCCAAGAUUUCAACAAGUUUUUGGUAAAACUAAAUUUCCAAAUUCAACUGUUAUUAAUGACACUGUUUCUUUGUGUUCAACUAGUGUGGCAAGUAAUCUCUCUUCGAAUCUUGGGCCAAUUGUUAAUCGAACAAAUACUUCAACAUCACGUGUGUAUUCAUCUUCAAAAGGUGUACAGACUAAUCAUGAUGUUGAUACAAUUAACUCUAAUAUGAACUGUAUACCACCUAAAGUAGUAGAAAAUAAGCUUCUGCAUACCACUGUUAAUAUGUCGAAAACUAGUAGCGUUAUGGCGCUUGGGAACAACAAAAACAAUGUUAUAAUGACAUGUAAAGCUGUUACUUCUGCAAACAAUAUCACCCAAGUUUCAGCAUCGACUAAUCAUCAAAUUAUUACUAGUAACAUUGAAAUUAAAAAAGGACUUACUGGUAUGCCUAUUUCAAAAGUUCCAACAACAUUUACCACUAGUUGUAUCAAUUCGUCAAUAGCAUCUUCUAGUUCAAAUUUAAUAUAUUCAAUUCCUAUAUUAAAUGAUUCAAAAUCUAAUGCUAAUAUAGAGAAACCUUUACAAGGUGUAACACAAUUACAAAGACAACUUAAGAUGUCCCCAUCAAUAAUUCAAACAGUGUUACGAAAACACCCUACUUGGCAACAAAAUAGUUUUCGUCAGGGAAAACAAAGUACAGAAGUACAGGCAUCCUCAAUAGAAAGGAUUUUACCUGCAAAUGUGGCAAAUAUUGUUAAAACUACUAUUGAGUCUUCAAAUAAUAAAAUCUCAAUAAGUACUAUUAAACCAAAUCUUCCAGAGACUAAUGUUAGCACUUUAAUGAUGGAACAAGUGAGAGAGUUUGAAUCAGUGUUAGAAGAAGUAAGAAAAACUUCAUUGAUGAAUGAAAUGAGUACAGCUAGCAUGUUACCACAAAUAAAUCAUGAAAUAAUACAAAUUCCUUCUCCUACAGAAAAUGUUGACUUGCUUAAUAAUGAUAGCAAUCAAACAUUAUUUCCUUUGAAUAAAAAAUCUAAUAUAAAUACUGAACGAGAUCGUUGUUCAUUUUCAUUUUUAAAUCAAACAUUGUCAAAUGUAAAUGAUUUAGCAAAUGAUGAUAAAGAACCAGUAACAAUACAACCAACUAUAAUAUCAGUUCGUAGUGUUACUCCCACUCCCCCGUUAACAUCACCUAAUAACAACAAUGCGUCUGUUAAUCCAGUUGAUACUCAGUGUUCUAAGCAAAUAGCAAAUAAAGUAAAACCUGUUAUUAAGACACCAGCAAGUUCACCAUCAACUUCAGCUGUAAAAGUUCCUGUUUUGCAAAAACCUUUGCCUAAAUUACAAGAAGAUGAACAAACAACUCAACGGAUAUAUGCAAUACUUGAUAAAUAUGCUGAACAACUUCGUAAUUCACCAGAAUUGAAAAAUAAACCAGCGCCAAGACGUAGAACCAAUCCACCAACAAAUCCAAGCAUGAAUGCCAAACGUAAAAAGACGAAUCAAUUAAAUUUAAAAACAUGUUCUCAACAAACUUCUUGCUCAUCAUCUGGUAUGGAAAUGAGUCCUACGUCUGAUAUGCAAGCUAUUGACAGUGAGGACAGUUCUAAUGCUGUUAGUCAUUUUUCACAUAUUAUUAACUCUCCGUCUAGAAAUUCAGAUGAACAAUCUACAGUGAUUUCAGAAACCCCUUUGAUGGAAAAUACAUUAAUUAAUGUUAAUGAUGUUAUUAAAAAAAUUAAUAUUGAAGCUGAAAUGAAGUCUAAAGUUUCUCAAUCUACCCAAAUUGUUGUAAGUGGUGCGUCUGGAUCUUUUUUAUCUAUACCUGAUGGUAAUGCAGCAAAUGUUAGACUACUUGUCGCAGCUGGGAAUAAUCAAAAAAUGUACCGACUACAUUGUCCUGUAACUGGACCAGGACCUGUAGUUUUUCAUCAAAUCACCGCUAAAGAUUCUUGCUCAAAUGAUGUUAAAAUGGCAUCUAAUAUAAUAGGACAGAACAUUAAUGAGUCAACUAUCUUAUCAGCUUUAUCAGCAGCAGAUGAUAUACAAAUUUCCAAUCCAAGUUUAGGAAGUGAAAUGUUACAUAAUACUUUACAAAACUUUGAACAUAAAAUUAAUAAACCUGAUAUUCUUUUGGAAUCAAUGGAAAAAGCUCAAGUACUUGAUAAUAAUGAAAAACAAUUGUCAUUUCCAGUAAUGAAGAAAAAUCAAGCAUCUCAAAGUACAUUUAGUGUCAUACAUACCCUUCCGUGUACACCUAAAUCAGAACCAACUGAUAAUACUGAAAUAUUACCUGAAGCUCAAAAUAAUAUUUCAGAAAGUGUUCAUAAAGACUAUUGUGAUAAUGAACAAAAUACAAACACGGACCAAGAACAGAUUAAUAACUCUAAUAUGAAUCAAUUUGUUAAUAAACAAGAAAAAUUAAGUACAACUCUUAAAAAUGAGCCACCUUUUAUCCCACCUGAUUCUUUAGAAAGUAGUGGUCUUCCAUAUGAAGAUAUUGAGUUUCCAUCAUUUCACACUAAUGAUGACGAAGAAGAAGAAACUGAUGAAAAUUUAACCACCACCAAUAAUAAAAACAACCAACAAAACACAUCAAACCCUGAUGAAAACAAAUUUGAAAAUACAAAUGUAAAUCAAACUUUGGUUGAUCGUUUAAGUGACAAUACAGUAACUAAUGAUGUGAAUAAUGUGAAGUGUGAUAAAAGUACAAUAGUUAAGCAAGAAAACAAUACAAGUGAUGUUACUAUUGAGGAAAGACCUAAUAUUUUAGAACUUGCAAGCCCUAAAAAAGAAGAUAACAAAUCAAGUGUAGUGUUAGACAAUGUUACUGCUGCUUCAGCUGCUGAAAUCAUUUCAACAGUCAACCAAACAUCUAAUGAUUAUAAACAAAAGGAGGAAUUAUCACCAAAAGCUGUAAAGACUGAGUGUGAAUCAGAAAAUGAAAAUGAAAAUACAUUAAGUAAUACUGUGUAUAAUAUGUUAGACAAUCAGUCUGCCUCCAGUACUCAUACAAAAAUUGGAUCAUUAACGCUUCGUUUAAAAAAUGACAAAUCAGCUAAGAACUGGAUUAAUUGUUUAUCUAAAAUAAUGCUUCCCGGAACUGAAAAAAUGUUAGAAGGUGAUAAUUUAAAACGAUUACAGGAAUCAUUUCAACGUACCAAAAUAAAAACUUUUAAGGAUUUAAAAGUAUUUGUAUUUGAGCAAUGUAAAAAGUUUGACAAUAAUGUUGAAACGCCUAAAGAGUAUGAUUUAUAUGAAGAUAUUGAUGGGCUUGGUGUUGAUAAACCAAGUACAAAUGAACUAUUUCCUGAAGUGGCCAUAUUAAAUGAUUUAGAUAAAUCUGUAAGUCCGACACUCGGCCUCUUACAAGCAUCUACAUCUAAGUCAAAUGAUACUAAUGCUUUACAAGCUAGACGCAAGUCGGUUUUGUCUCAUACAACUACUUCUACUGUUAUUCCAACUGGUGUUGAACAGACGAAUGUUGUUUGCAAGAAAAAUAAAACAAAAGUUUCAUUUUUAAAACAAGCUUUAUAUAAUGAAAUGAAUCAAGACUCUAAUGAUAGCGAGACCAAACCAUUUAUAAAUGGUAUCAAGACUGUUUUAGAUUCAAUUGAACAAAUUGAUUCAUGUCCAGAAUCACCAUCAAAUACUAUUGCUAUGGAUUCAGAAACAUGCAUGUCCGAAGAUAGUACUUCAACAAUUAGUAGUGGCACACCGCAUUAUAACUUCCGUAAAAGUAAACGCAAAAACGUUGAAGAAGAUGGAUUUAUUGAAUCUCAAGUAAUAAAGCGAAUGUAUAGAGGUCGCACGUCAGAAGAAAAUGAAGAAAAAUCUGAACCUCCUAAACUAAAUAAUAUAAAGACCCAGGCACCUGAACAAAAGCCAGUAGUCGAAAAGAAGGAAUGUAACAAUAGAAGAAUAUCAAGUCGUCUAAAAAAUAAUAAUGUCAAGAAUAAUCAGCACGUAUCAAACAAAUCUCCACAGCUAGAUAUUUCACCUUGUAAGCUUACAUCGACACGAUCAUCCCUCAGGAGAGUUUCUAGAAAAACUACUUGAUUAAUUUCAGAGUUAAAGUUUAAAAAUAUGUUGUUUAUUAAAUGCUACAUUAAGUUACCAUUACUAAUGCUGGAGGAUUAUCUAGCACAGAAAUCAGAAAAUAUGUAGUCAUUAAUUUAUAAUAAGUAUAUAUUAUAUUAUAGUAUACAUACAUAAAAAAAAAAAUCAAAAUUAUACAAUUUCAUUGAAUAUUGCCAUUAUUUACACUCCUUUUGGUUUUGCUUGUUACUAUAAAUUAUCAUACCUAUUUUUAAAUUGU